GUCUCAUAAGAGUAGAACACAAUGAACGCUCUUCAAUUUUUUAUCUUCUUUGGACUAAUGUCCGCGAUUAAAGCGCAAAAUUAUUGUAUUACACCCAAGGGGGAGGUUGGAUUAUGUAUUCCUUAUUUAAAGUGUCGCUAUGUUAUCGAUUUGAGUUAUCAAUACUUUGAUCAAUCACUACCGCCAAAUGAGACUCUAUAUUUGCGCAAAUCAAAAUGUUCUGCAGACAAUGAACAGUUGAGGCUUUGUUGCAUCGUCCCAUCCCAAGAGACCACAAUUGAUAAUCAGAUAAAUGAACCACCUGAAAUGCCAUCAGUAUCUAUACAAACAAAUGAAUCGAAUAUGGAGCUGGACCCAAAUGCAGACUUUAUGAGUCAAUUAAAUUUUUCAGGCUUCGAAAUCCUAAAUAGCUCAAGGUGUGGUGAACUUCCCGUUGAUCGUGUCGCUGGGGGUACCGAAACAGGUAUUGAUGAAUAUCCUUGGAUGGCCUUAUUGCGUUAUGACUCACCAGGAGAUCAAUUCAAAUGCGGAGGCUCAUUGAUAACGAAUCAAUUCGUUUUGACCGCUGCUCAUUGUGUCAAUGAAAGAUAUGGAUUAAUCGGUGUUCGCCUGGGGGAACAUGACCUUAACACAGAUGAAGACUGUGUGUUGAAAGGGCCUAUACUUGAUUGUAAUCCUCCUGUUGAAGACUAUGGCAUUGGUGAAAUUUUCCAACACAACUAUAGCUAUAGGAGGUUUACAAAUGAUAUAGCCUUAAUAAAAUUGGACAGGAAGGUUGAGUUUAAAAAACAUAUAAAGCCGGUAUGCCUACCCAUAACACCAGAUGCUAUAAAACCUAAUAAUGAUGAUGGAUACUUUUUAGCGGGUUUUGGUGUUACCGAAAAAGGAGUUCAAUCAAAUGUUUUGCUUAAAGCCCAUGUUGAUCAUUUGCCUUUAUCUAAGUGCGAAGAUCGUUUUGCUAUUUCCAUUAGCCAAAGGAUGCAUUUAUGUGCCGGAGAUCUGGUGACGGGUCGCGAUAAUUGUCGAGGCGAUAGUGGAGGUCCUUUGAUGCGUUUUAGCAAAUACAAAAAAGUCAAGCGAUUCAUUCAAUAUGGCAUUAUUGUUGCUGGUGGAACUGUCUGUGAUUUGUGUAAAGCUCUUCCUGGGAUUUAUACUAAUGUUCUCAAUUACAUGCCCUGGAUAACACAUAAAAUAGUGCUGUAGAUUGUAUUGUAAAUUAAUAAUGUCACCUAAUGUGCAAAAGGACUUAAAAUAAAAAAGGUUUAAAACUAUAAAGAGAUCAAUUUAAGUUUUAAAAUGUAUCUCCUAAA